AACUGGUUUAACAUUUGCACAUUCCCCUUUCAGUGCAUUGAAGAAAAUGAAGUUUAUCUGCCCAGCGAUGAGCUCUGGAUCUAUGACAUGGACAGUGGGCUAUGGACAAUGCACCUGAUGGAAGGGGAGUUACCCACCUCCAUGUCAGGCAGCUGUGGGGCCAGCAUCAAUGGGAAGCUGUACAUUUUUGGGGGAUUUGAUGAUAAAGGAUACAGCAAUCGGCUGUAUUACGUCAAUUUGAGAACAAAAACCGGAACCUACAGGUGGAAAAAAAUCACAAAUUUUAAAGGUCAACCUCCCACACCUCGUGACAAACUUUCCUGCUGGGUGUACAAAAACAGGUUAAUUUAUUUUGGAGGUUAUGGCUGCAGGAAGCACAAUGAGCUCAAUGAUUGUUUCGAUGUCCACGAUGCGUUUUGGGAAGGACAGAUAUUCUGGGGAUGGCACAAUGAUGUUCAUGUUUUUGAUACAGCCACACAGACUUGGUCUCAACCAACAAUUCGAGGUGGAGAUCCACCUCAGCCUCGAGCAGCUCACACAUGUGCUGUGCUGGGGAAUAAAGGUUACAUCUUUGGAGGACGAGUGCUGCAAACCAGAAUGAAUGAUUUGCACUGCCUGAAUUUAGACACUUGGACUUGGUCUGGAAGCUCUGAUAAUGUUCCUCUGAGUGAUGGUUGGAUCCACAGCAUUGCAACAAAUGGAUGGAAGCAGCUCACCCAUCUGCCCAAGAGCAGGCCCAGGUUGUGGCACACAGCCUGCCUUGGGCAGGAGGGAGAAGUGAUGGUGUUUGGGGGCAGCAAAGAUGAUUUGCUUUUUAUGGACACGAAUAAAAAGUGCAGUGACUUGUUGAUAUUUCAGACUCAGCCUUACUCCCUGCUCAGGCUGUGUCUUGACUACAUUGGGAAGAACGCAGCUCUCUUGGAGAACCAAAUUCCCUGCUUGCCAUCCAAACUUCUGCAGGAAGUGCUGAAAAAAAUCACUUUUUGGGCUGCCAUGACCCACAGGCAGGAGAGGAAAGCUGAGACUGAGAGACAGAGCCAGCUCCACUCCACAUGAGCCAGGGCAGGGAGCUGCUGGGACACCUCAGAGUGGUUUGUUCAUCAGCUUUGCUGCUGUUCCACUGCAGCUCUGUGUUCAGCUGGGUUUCUGAGUGAAGUUUGACAACAAAUCCUUUUUAUGGGAACCUCUCGUUUCCUGCGUUACAGAAAACUGAUACAACUUCAUUUCUAGAUAAUUGUUCACGUCUGCUGUCGUGGUUUUGACCACCCAGCCCUCACAACCUUUUUGUUCUUUUGGAAGGGGACACAAUCCAUUUCAGCUGGAUAAAAUAUGGUUAAAGUCUAAAAAUCCUCCUUGGCCUUAUCCCCAUCAGCCUUCCCAAAAACAUAAAUUCAACUCGGUGUCUUGGGGACAUUUACACUUUGUCAGUCUUAAAAAUAACAAAUUUUGCAGCAGCACCACCACCAAAUGUUGAUUCCACCAGGCUCUGACCGAAAUCCAACCGUGGAGCCCCACGCCUCACACUCCAAAUAGGAGAAUCCAUCAGGGAAUUGUGGAGUUUGGAAGAAAAAGCUGCAACCAGCAACAUCACCUGGUCUCUGUAGGAAAACCUCAGUUCAUCACCUGGUUUUACUGUUUCUGUCAUCAGGAAGUCCUUUUGGAAAUAAGUUGUAUAUUGUAUUUUGGAUGUGCAAAGUUUAUAUUUCUUUCUUGUUAAAAAAAAAAGAACGACAACAAAGUUGCUUAUUUAUUGGUUAAAAAAAAAAAGCAAAUGUAGUACUGGUUAUUUUUCUGUUUCAAAUAUUUAGUUAACAGGAGCACAGUCAUUAAAAUUUUAUAGAGAGUUGAAUCAAAA